GCCGGGGUCCCCCGCGGAGCGCGCAGUGCUCGGCGCGGCGCGGCGCGGCGCGGCGCGGGCCCCUUUAAGGCGCGGACUACAUGUCCCGGCGCGCCGCGCGCGGUUAUGUAACGGGGCGGCGCGGCGGGCGGGCGGCGGCGGCGGCGGUCCGGCGGGGCCGGGCGAUGAUGGCGCUGCCGGUGGCGGGGCCCGGGCCGGGGCCGGUGGCGCUGGCGCUGGCGGGGCCGGGCGCGGCGCGGCGGCAGUGGUGCUACCUGUGCGACCUGCCCAAGAUGCCGUGGGCGAUGCUGUGGGACUUCAGCGAGCCGGUGUGCCGCGGCUGCGUCAACUUCGAGGGCGCGGACCGCGUGGAGCCGCUGCUGGAGGCCGCGCGGCAGCUGCGGCGCUCGCAGGCGCUGCCGGACGGGCGCUCGCCGGGGCCGCCGGCGCCCAAGCCGCCCAAGGAGGCGGAGCGCUUCGGGCUGGCGCGGCUGCCCAACGGGCUGGCGCGGGCCGAGGAGGAGCGCGGCAGCCCGACGGCGCGGCGCGCGCUGCUGGGCGCGGGGCCCGGGCCCGGGCUGGGGCUGCUGGGCGCGCCGGCGGGGCUGCUGGCGGCCGUGGCGGGGCUGGGCGGGCGCGCGGGGCUGGAGGCCAAGGAGCGCGAGCGGCAGCGCAACGCCGAGUGCCUGGCCGAGCUGAGCGAGGCCAUGCGGGGCCGCGCCGAGGACUGGCUGGGCAAGCCCAAGGCGGUGCGGGAGCAGCUGGCGGCGCUGGUGGGCUGCGCGCCCUUCAACGUGCGCUUCAAGAAGGACCACGCGCUGGUGGGGCGCGUCUUCGCCUUCGACGCCAGCCCGCGCCCCGGCUACGAGUUCGAGCUCAAGCUCUUCACCGAGUACCCGUGCGGCUCGGGCAGCGUCUACGCCGGCGCGCUGGGGCUGGCCAAGCAGAUGUUCCAGGACUGCGUCAAGGACCCCGGCAAGGUCAUCUCCUCGGGCUACAAGUACCUGGAGUACGAGAAGCGCCACGGCUCGGGCGACUGGCGCCUGCUGGGCGAGCUCUUCACCGAGGGCGUGCGCUUCUUCCGGGACGCGCCGGCGCCCGAGGCCCUGCCCCAGCAGCACCUGGACGGGGCCUGCGCCGUGCUGCCCGGCGCGCUGCUGCGGGCCGUGCCGCCGAGGGCCCUGCUGCGGCGCCGCAAGGCGUCCCCGGAGCCGGACGAGGGCGGCGGCAACGGGAAGCUGACGGGCGAGGAGCAGCAGCAGCGGCAGCACUGGGCCUACGAGGCGGCGCCACGCAACGAGCCCUCGCCCAUCGCCGCGCUCAAGAACGUGGCGGAUGCGCUGGGCGCCGGCCAGUCGCCCAAGGAGGCCAACCCGGUGCACUCCACCACGCGCCAGAGCAGCGCCAGCCCCGCCUCGCCUGCCGCCACCGGCCCCCACCGCCUGGUGCCCCGCAGCGGUGACGCCGCCACGGCCGUGGCCCCCUCCUCCUCCUCCUCCUCCUCGGCGGCACACUCCUCCGGCGGCCCCGAGCCCAGCGGCAGCACCCCCGACUCGUCCGGGGGCCCCCCCAGCGCCCCGCUGUGCUGCACCAUCUGCCACGAGCGCCUGGAGGACACCCACUUUGUGCAGUGCCCCUCGGUGCCUGGCCACAAGUUCUGCUUCCCCUGCUCCCGCGACUUCAUCAAGGCGCAGGGCGCGGCAGGCGAGGUGUAUUGCCCCAGCGGCGAGAAGUGCCCCUUGGUGGGCUCCAGCGUGCCCUGGGCCUUCAUGCAGGGUGAGAUCGCCACCAUCCUGGCCGGCGACGUCCGUGUCAAGAAGGAGCGGGACCCCUGAGCGCCGCCGGGCUGUGGCAGGGGGAGCCCGCGUGCUGCCUGCGCCGGGGGGGCCGGAGGGACUGGCACCGCUAACUUAUUGCCUUUGUCCCCGGCCGGGGCCCUGUACAUAGUUUAUUUUUUAAUAUUCCCAUAGCAAUCUUAUAUCGAAGGCCAUAUCAGCAUAACCAGGGGUGGGGGGGCUUGCUUCGUAGCAGCUUGAUGCGGGGGGGGCGAUGGGGGGGCAAUGGGAGGGGGCAUCGUGGCUGAGAAUGGAUGAACUCAUGUCAAGCCACCAGGGCGGGGAUGCAGGGGAGUGAUGUGGGGGCCCCGGAUGCAGCCCGCCAGAUGGGGAGGCUCCCUGUGCCCCCCCCAGGGUACAGAGGUGGGUAGAAAACGGGAGCUGGGGGCAGGCACAGGGUAGUGGCUCAGUUGGGGCAUCUGGAGCCCCUCCCUCCUGACUCGUGCCCCCUCAGUCCUCCAGAGCAGGUGGGAGCCAGGACUCCUGGGGGGCAGGUGUCAGACCCGCUAUCGCUAUGGUGGGCACCCGAGGGGCUGGGGGGUCUCUCCCAGCUCUGAUUGGCGGAGUGUGGCCUAGUGGGUGGAGCUGGGCGGCAGGGCUUAGACCCACCCUGCUUCAGUUUCUCUCGGCCUGGCUGGGGGGGUGGGGGAGCCCUCCGUGGGGGACUUGGGGGUGGGGGGUUGCAAACCUCCUCCAGGGCCAUAGGGUAGCAGACCAGCCCCCUGUUACCGUGUGUGUGUAGGGGGGGAGGGGGGGCUGAGCUGGAUGUGGCCUCUUGAAGAGUCCUUGUGGACCUGUGCCCCCCCCCCAAUCCCAUGGGGGGGCAGCUGGAAUUGGGGGGGGG